UCUGCCUCUCACUUCUUCCUCUGUUAACAUUCUUAAACAACAACCACCAUUCCUUAUUUUUCUCUCACUCCAAACUCAUAAAAUUCACAAAUGGUCGCAAAUUCCUUUAGGCUCAACAAGACUUCACCACUAUGUGCCACUCAUUGGAACCCCACCAAACGUAAACUACAACACCCUUCUGUGGUUGCAAUGCUCAGAAGACCUUCAGACACCAUUACAGAACAAACAACAAAAACUAAUGCCUACAAAGAUAACCUCUUUGAUCGUUUAGCAAUAAACCAUCUUUCCAAAAACGUUCAAGAAGCCACAGGACUUAGUAACAACAAGAGCGGGUACGAAAGCUUGGUUGAAGCAGCUACUGUGGCUAAACAAAAAUUUGACCCUAUUCAGCAGCAAGAGGUUAUCAUUCAAGCACUGGACAGAGCCUUUCCCAGGCCAAUACUUUCAUUCAUAAAGAGAGUGGUACCACCAGCAUCUAAAUUUUCAAGGGAAUAUUUUGCCGUUUUCACCACUUUGUUCUUUGCCUGGUUAGUCGGUCCUUGCAAGGUGAGAGAAUCGAAAGUCAACGGCAGAAGUGAAAAAAAUGUAGUCUACAUCCCAAAAUGCAGGUUUUUAGAGGAGACGAAUUGUGUAGGCAUGUGUAUCAAUCUUUGCAAAAUGCCAUCUCAAACUUUUAUAAAGAACUCUCUGGGAAUGUCACUCAACAUGGUACCCAAUUUUGAUGACAUGAGUUGUGAGAUGAUAUUUGGAGAGGAUCCUCCAGCAUCAACUGAUGAUCCAGCACUGAAGCAACCAUGCUAUAAACUAUGCAAGGCAUAUAAAAAUCAUGGGACCAACUGCCUCAGUUAAUGCAGAGGGUGAACAUGGAUGGAACAAGAGUGUCUCCCACAUUCACAUUGUCUGUGUGCUGCCAAAGCUCAGACUCAUCAGCCAUAGUUUCUCUCAUUAAGAAAACAACCAAGUGCUCCACCGCACCUCCAACCAAUCAUUUGCAAGUAGAUUUCCAUCAUUUUACUACUUUCAAAUUAAUCUUCUUUCUUCUGCAUUUCGAAUAUAUAAAGAAAACCACCAUAAUGUUUUUGUCCUUUCCCUAGCUACUAUAUGUAGUAUUGGAACAAAAUUUUCGUGUGAUUAAA